CCAUUCAUGUUCAAGACUUUUGAUGCUACAGUUGGUGAUAUAGAAAUAAUGGCAAACAGGUUUCGGUAUACAGAAUUCUCACAUCCAUAUGUAGAUUCAGGUCUUGUAAUGGUAGUGAAGGUGUGAUUACUGAUAAAUCACCAGAUCCUUUCAUUCUCAUCAAGGCUUUCACAGGAUUGGAGUGGUUUCUAAUAGUAGCAAUGUGUGUAUUCACCGGAAUCGUCAUGGGAUUAUAUCAACGCUAUAGUGAUCCAGAAGUAUAUGGAGGACUGAUCACCAAGCAAAUUGGCGCAAUGCUCUGGUUCUCAGUCACCACUUUCUUCUCAACACAGAUUGCCAUGCUUAAUGGUCUUAUUCCAAGAGUUGUGGCCGGAGUUUGGCAAUUUGUGGUACUCAUUGUAACUGCAUUCUUUACGGCUAGCCUCACUUCCAGGAUGACAGUUUCACAACUAGAACCAGCAGUUGUUGAUAUUGAUUUCCUCAAGACUGCAAACGCAGCUGUUGGGUGUAAUGGGAAUUCUUUUAUUGUUAGUUAUCUGAUUGAUGUUUUGGGGUUUAAGCCAGAGAGUACUAAGAAAAUUGCUUCUAUUGAUGACUAUCCUUUGGCUCUAUCAAGUGGAGAUAUCAAAGCUGCAUUCUUUGUAGAACUUCAAGCCAAUGCCUUACAAGGCUACACUAAAGCAGGACAAAAAUACACACUCGGUGGAUUUGGAUUUGCUUUUAAGAAGGGUUCUCCACUGGCUUUUGACAUAUCAGAGGCAAUUCUUAAAUUAAUUGAGAAGGGGAAACUGGAGCACCUACAGAGGAAUUUUCUCUACCCUUCUAACUGCUCUACGUCCAGAACUGAUGUCACUGGCACCCAUAGUUUGCUCUCAGGCAUAUUCACUAUCACAGGAGUUGUUUCCGCAGCUGCUUUGUUUAGGAAUUUUCUCUACCCUUCUAACUGCUCUACUUCCAGAACUGAUGUCACUGGCACCCAUAAUUUGCUCUCAGGCAUAUUCACUAUCACAGGAGUUGUUUCCGCAGCUGCUUUGUUUAUUAUUGUGGAUCGUAGACUACAACUUCAUUUGCAGCUUCAAAUAUACACCCGAGCAAUUUAUAGUAGAACUUCACAAUGGGUUAUGAGCCUCAGCACAUCUAUGUAA